AGCGUACAUUUAUGACAGUAGAAUUGAGAAUAUGAACUACACCAUAAGCGAGCAACAUGAUUUAAUCGUGAAAAAUCGCUAUCCAGCGGCUAUUAAUAGAACAGUUUAUGUUUCACCGAAGACCGAACUAUAUGACGAAACGUCGUCGGGGCCACUUGUGAUUGCAUAUGCAACGACAUUGAUCUUGGGUGAAACACCAGCAAAUUAUGGCUUUUAAAUGAAUGUUAAAAAUCAGGAUAAAGCCAUUCAUUUAAGGGAACAUAUUUUUGAAAUGUUACACAAUAGAAAGCUGUCACCAUUUCCGCGAUCUCCGCGUCUGGAUAUGAAGUAUAUUGCUGACUCUUUCAAUAAUAUCCAUCCCGAUAUAUUGCAAAAGAUCACGACACCAGAUCAACCCUUCAACGUACGUACAGUCAUGCUGUUCAAUAGAUUGGUCGAGGCUACGACUGAUUUCGAUAUGGUUUCCACAUUAUUCUACCAGUAUCCCGAAUUAGUACCCGUUCAUAAUUCCACCAAAAAUGACGUUCAAAUCUUAUAUGCCCAACAAAACCGAUGGAAAGCUCAUGCGCUUUGUAUAUUUUAUGAAGCCGCUAAUCAAAUGGUGUAUGUCUAUGACAGGGAAUAUAUUAAUAUAACUUCAGCAAAAUCGGAUUUUAUAGAAAGGCGUUAUCCAAACUUGAAAAAUAUUACUUUUGUCGAACCAAAAACAAUUCAAAUGGAUUCUGUAUCAUGUGGAGCAUAUAGCAUUGCAUACGCAACCACAUUGAUCCUAGGUCAUGAUCCAAGGACUUAUAAACUUAAAACUAGAUCUUUGCUUUCGAGUAUAUGUGGGUCGAGCAUGUUUGAUGAUCCAAAAAUGUUACGAAAACAUAUUUUGAAAAUGUAUAAAUCAAAAAAAUUAUUGCCAUUCCCCAAGUAAAUUACAUCAUCGACGUCAUGUCACUUUAAGUCGGUAAUGUGCGAGGGACUUACUCUCCUUUGACAUCCGAGAUUUUCCAUUUUACACUACGUACAUUACUGCUUUAA